AACACCUAGAUCAACUCUUCAUCCAAGCUUGCUGGACUUUUGCAUUACGUAAGUAAAGUGCGUAGCCUUUAACAACGGGCGUGGCUUCCUGGGGCAUUUUUUUUUGCUGAAGUUGAAUGCGGAAGACAUACAGGGAACCCAGAAUUGCUGACAAACACUGUGCCUGAAGUACGUUUCUAAGGAUUUUGCGUGAGACCUGAAGUGUUCGACAAUAUAACAAUGUGGCCAAAUCAAGGUCCUCAUCCGCCAGUGGGCCCACCAAACCCUGCCUACCCUCCUGCCUACAGCCCUGAAUAUCCUGUUGCACCUCCAUCAGGACUCUUCCCCCAACCUCCACAGCCAACAUACCCAGGCCAAUACCCAGCUGGGCAAAACCCAGCUGGGCAAUACCCAGCUGGGCAAUACCCAGCUGGGCAAUACCCAGCUGGCAUGAACCCAGCCAUGGUACCACAUGCACCUCCAGGGGCAAUGCCUUAUACAGCUCCAGGGCCACAUGGUUAUCCUAUGGUUCCAGGUGGAUAUCCAGUAGUCCCUCCUGCAGACCAUAAAGGCCAUAAAGGCCAUAAAGGCCAUAAAGGCCAUAAAGGUCAUCAUCAUGGAGACUUUAAUCCCAUGGCUGGAGCAUGCGCCGGAGGAAUGGCUGGAAUUGGAAUGGGGGUGGGCGGACACAAAGCCAAGAAAAUGAAGAAGAAGAAAGCACAUAAGGGGCACAAACACGGCAAGUCCUCCAGCAGCAGCAGCAGCAGCAGCAGCAGUGACGAAGAGUGAGGCCACCACUUCAAGACUAGGCUUUUAAAGAAAAGUCGCUUUACAAAAGGGCAACCUGACUAUUAACAAACCAUAAACACACUAAAGUUAUACUUAUCACUUUUAACAGGAUGUUAAACUUAAAAAUGCAGAGAUUUAUCAUGGACUAUUUAAACUAGAAAAGCAUGCAUACGCUGUUGCUGUAAACAUUUCCACAGCAUUUGGCUGUAAUUGCAUUCCAUCAUGUCUUUUUUUUUUUUUUUUGGUGUUUAUGUCAAAUGUUCCAUGGUGACAGUUUCUGUACAACAGUAAAAAUGCACUACAAAUACACUGUUUACUGUCUAAAAUUCUGAUUUAGCAAAAGACAAUAUGUAUAUUUUGUUGUUUUCUUAGGAAGUUUAACCUAGAGGUGAAGAAUGAUACAGAUAUUGAGUGACUUUAUUUUAUUUUCUAAUUUUAUGUUCACUCGUUCACUACUACACAUGACUGCAGAAAUCGUUAUUCUGCAUUGCUUUGUAUCUGUACUAAUUGUGAUGAUAUAUAAAGUGUUUUAAUUGACCUCCUCAAUAAAUAGAUUUAAAUGAAAAGUC